UGAGAAGCAGCAGAAGAAGCCUAAGAUGUCCGAUGAGGAGAUCUUGGAGAAAUUACGGAGCAUAGUGAGUGUGGGCAAUCCUAAGAAGAAAUACACACGGUUUGAGAAGAUUGGACAAGGCGCUUCGGGCACUGUGUACAUGGCCAUGGAUGUAGCCACGGGACAGGAGGUGGCCAUUAAGCAGAUGAACCUUCAGCAGCAGCCGAAGAAAAAGUUGAUUAUUAAUGAGAUCCUGGUCAUGAGGGAAAACAAGAACCCAAAUAUUGUGAACUACUUGGACAGUCACCUUGUGGGAGAAGAGCUAUGGGUUGUCAUGGAAUAUUUGGCUGGAGGUUCUUUGACAGACGUGGUAACGGAAACUUGCAUGGACGAAGGUCAGAUGGCAGCUGUGUGCCGUGAGUGCCUGCAAGCUUUGGAGUUUCUGCAUUCGAACCAAGUUAUUCAUAGAGACAUCAAGAGUGACAACAUCCUGUUGGGAAUGGAUGGCUCUGUCAAGCUAACUGAUUUUGGAUUUUGUGCUCAGAUCACCCCAGAGCAGAGCAAUGGAGCACCAUAGUGGGAACACCAUACUGGAUGGCACCAGAGGUUGUGACCCGGAAAGCCUAUGGGCCUAAGGUUGACAUUUGGUCCCUCGGCAUCAUGGCUAUUGAAAUGACUGAAGGGGAGCCCCCAUACCUCAAUGAAAACCCUCUGAGAGCCUUGUACCUCAUUGCCACCAAUGGGACGCCAGAGCUUCAGAAUCCAGAGAAGCUGUCAGCUAUCUUCUGAGACUUUCUGAACCGCUGUCUUGAGAUGGAUGUGCAAAAGAGAGGUUCAGCUAAAGAACUGUUGCAGCAUCAAUUUCUGAAGAUUGCCAAGCCUCUCUCCAGCCUCACCCCACUGAUUGCUGCAGCAAAGGAGGCAACCAAGAACAAUCACUAAAACCACAUCACCCCAGCCUCAUCGUGCCAAGCCUUCUGUGAAAUAAAUGCUCAUUUCGGAAAUUCCAACCCCUGAGGCUCUUCCUUGCCUUCUCCUCCCAUUUCCCGAUCUAGUGCUUUCAAGACUGAUCCUUGAAAACCAUGUGUCCAGCAUUGAAGAGAACUGCAAUUGACUAAUUGGAUGAUGGCCAUUUUAAAAUAAGGAAUUUGCUCCCAAUCUGUGGAUGUGAGGGUGAUUUAUGAUCAAGGGCUUACAUAAAUAAAUCCUUGGACUCCUAUUUCUCCGCCCCCCCCC